GGCCAUUUGCCCUCUCCAACUUUAGGAGCAGCCUUUUGAUGGGGCAGGGCAGCAGGUCCAGGGCUGGGCUGAUCCUUCCUCCUUAGAGGUUGACGCUUCUGCGGGCGCUCCCCUGGGCGUGGGGAAGGCUGCGGGCUGUGCCACCCAUGACUGUCCCGUGGGCGAGCGGCCGGGAGGAGCGGAGCCGGCCGGGAGGUGCGGAGGAGCCCGCGGAGCGCUAUAAAGAGCCGGGGCAGCGCCGGGGCGCUCCGGCCAUGGCCACGGCAUCGCAGUGUCUGGAGGAGGGCUCGGGGCGCUGGCCGCCGCCGGCCGGGCCGUACAGCGAGGCGCAGCGCCUGGCGCUGGAGGAGCUGGUGGCGGGCGGCCCCGAGGCGCUGCGGGCUUUCCUGCGGCGGGAGCAGCUGGCGCCCUUCCUGUCGGAGCCCGAGGUGCAGGACAUCGCUCGGGCCGCGCUGCCGCCCGCCGCGGGCCCGGAGCCGGCGGCCGAGCCCUCGGCCGGAGCCUCGCUGGACGCCUCGUCGCUCACCUACUUCCCCGAGCGCUCGGACCUGGAGCCGCCGGCGCUGGAGCUGGGCUGGCCGGGCUUCGCCAGCGGCGCCUUCCGCGGGCUGACGCGGGUAGAGGCGCACUUCCAGCCCGGCUGCGGGGACAGCAUCUACGGCUGCAAGGAGGCGGUGCGGCGGCAGAUCCGCUCCGCCCGCCAGAUGAUUGCCCUGGUUAUGGAUUCCUUCACAGACACUGAUAUCUUCACAGACCUCUUGGAAGCCUGUAGCCAACGGCAAGUUAAAGUGUAUAUCCUUCUAGAUCAGUCUUCAUUUUCCCACUUUCUAAAAAUGUGCAAGGAUCUGGGAGUUGACCUUGAGCAGGAAAAGUUGAUGAGGGUUCGGAUUAUCACCGGGAGCACAUACUGCACCAGGUCAGGUGCCAAAAUCAUUGGAAAAGUCCGUGAAAAGUUCAUGUUAAUUGAUGGCAUUAGAGUGACAACGGGCUCCUACAGUUUUACAUGGACAGAUGGGAAGCUGAACAGCAGUAACAUUUUGAUCCUGUCAGGCCCCACCGUUGCGCACUUUGACCUGGAAUUUCGGAUUCUUCAUUCACGGUCAAAGCCUAUCAACCUCAAAGAGUUUUCCAGCUGCAAGAAGAACAGGGUGUGGGACCAGCUGUUCAGGAUAACAGUGGCUUCCAGAGACAUGACCAGGGAACACUUCCUGAGAAUGGAAUUUUUGUAUCUGAGAGCAUUUGUAGGAGAUCUGAAGAGGAAGAGGAGCUGGCUGCACGCCUCCAGGGAGGCUGUGUACACCCCAAAUAACACGAUGCACACCUCUCCCCCGCUGACUAAGAGGAAUGGCUCCCUGGUUAUGAGGCCACACUGGAUCAUAGAGAGAUGAACUGCAUGUCCAUGCAGAGCAAGAAGCAGAACCUCAGGAACCACGUCCGUCCAUCCCUGUCCAGCACUGUCUUGCAGUGUGUUUGUGAGGGCAGUGGGAAAGAAACCUCAGACUGAGAGAAAGUGAAACUGGAAUUGUGGCUUUGUUUGAAGAAUACUAUAAAGCCAUUAUUGACUUCUACUAUUCUGUUAAAUCAUUUCUCAGCCUGUUCAUGCAUAUUUUGGCAGUGUCAUAGCUCAGUAGCUCAACCUUUUUUUUUUUUUUUUUUAAGAAAUCUAGGUAUUGAAAUUAAUGUUGCUUGAAAGUCUGUUCCAAGAUGAAAGCAGGCUCAGAAAUCAGUUUUGGUCUUGUGUUGUACAAACUCUUCACCAACUGGUUCAUGACACGGAACAGGAGUAACCCUAAUCUAGAAACCAGUGGGUCAGUACCCCCCUACUACCCCUCAAAUUUGUAUUUUAUUCAUUCAAACCGAUGCUGGCAGGCAAAAUGAGCUAAUGUGCCAGCAAACAAAGCUUUAGCAGUGACUGUAUUUUACAUGGCCUUUAUAUUAGACAGUUUGGGUUGUUGGACAUCAUGCAAUAAAUGUGUGCAAGUGAUCAUAUUCUAAAGGACCUGCUGUGUUUGUAGGAGAGCCAAAUGAGACCAAUGCCUUGGCAUUACCAGACAGACUUUGUGUUUUCUUUGUGGCUGCUGCUGCUGCUGUCAGAUCUUGUGGAAAAAGCUGAGUAGAUCCGAAAUCUGUGAAGCUGGUGCCUCUUCACAAAAGUCCUAAUUCCACCAGAAAUGCAAUGACACCAAAGUAGGCAACAGAACCAUUUUUAAGGUCUCUUGGAAGCUUAAUUUUUUAUUAUUAUUUGUUAACCUAUUAAUUUCUAUAGGGGAAAAAAACCCAAAACACUCUCAAAUGGAUAAGCUAUCCUCCCAAACAGCUGCACAUUGAGGUACUGAAGCUCCAGCAGCCUGCCAGUGCAGAUACUCACCAGUAAAAACCAAGGUUUACCAUUUCUCACUUGUUCUUGUGGCUCUUCUACUGCAAAAUAGUCGGGUAUGUGCUUGUGUGAGUGUCUUGUAGGCUCUGGGCUUCAGAGGGGAAGAUUAAAACUUGGUAGGGGAAUUUCACAUGGAUUUUAGCUAAGCAGCAGCAAGGUAACAUUAAACUGGACAGAUGGAUCUUACAAAAAUGGACAUUGCAAAAACGUACUGAUUAGUAUAAAACUAAUCUGGGCCCUCUUUCUUCUGUACUUACAAUCAUGGAAAUGUAAUCAUUCUGGCCCUCCUAAUUUGUAAAUAUUCAAUAGUUUAUAACUUUGUACUAUUACCUUCCAUCCAGAUGUAAAGAAGUUUGAAAUAUGUGUUUUUAUUCUUAGCUAUAUUUUCCAUAAAGGCAAAUUCCAUAUAGUGUUGAGCUCUAUGCAAAAUAUUGUUUGUGCAAUCUUAUUUUCAUAAUAAUUAUCUGUAUAUAUUUUCUCAAGGAUAACUUUUCCACUUUAUUAUUCAUCUCAUUACUUUCAUAGGCAGCUCUUUCCAUGUGGGAUUUUUUUCUCAACAUUUACUAAUAUAUCGGUGAUCCAAAA